AUGCAGGGGUUGGAGGUUGGUACCAGGCUGCGCUACAGGCUGACUCUGGCCUCGGGGAUGCUGGAGUGUCUGGGCUUUGCCGGUGUAGUGUUUGGUUUCGCCUCUCUGGUGUUUGUGCUGAAGGAAGAUGGCUACUUCAGUCAUCUGUGUGUCAGCGUCCCAGGUACCAACGGCACCAAGACCACUACCGACUGCACUAUGCAGGAUGAGCAGUUCUCUCUGGUCUUCACCGUCGCCUCGUUCCUCAACAACUUCAUGACUCUAAUCAAUGGCUACCUCUUCGAUCGAUUUGGCACCAUGGUAACCAGGCUGCUGGCAAUAUCUUUAUACACGACUGGAACCAUUCUUGUGGCCUUCUCCAGUGCAGCAUAUUCAGAGCUGCUUUAUCCUGCCUUGUCGUGUAUCGCUGUGGGAGGAAUUCUACUCCUUCUAACCAACAUGCAGGUGGGAAACCUGUUCUCCUCUCAUCGCUCCACCAUCAUCACCCUCUACAACGGAGCCUUUGACUCUUCUUCUGCUGUGUUUCUGAUCAUCAAGGUUCUGCAUGAGCAGGGAAUCUCUCUGCGCUCCUCCCUCCUUGUCUUGUCCUCCUGCAGCGUCAUCCACCUGCUGAGGACCUUCCUGCUGAUGCCUAAAACCCACAUCCCCUACCCUCUGCCGCAACACUUUACCUACGGAUUGAAUUGCAGGAAGGCCAACACCUACAAUGUGGAGCAGUUUGAGAGGAUGAAAGACGGUGGCGUGAUAGCUUCACAGGAGUCUCCAGCUGAGCCUGAGGACCAAGCCCAGGCCCAAGACUCAGAAAAUGUGGCGAGUUUCCGGAGCUGUGUUCUGUCCUGGUUCUUCCUGUGGCACUUGUUGUGGUUAUCCAUAAUGCAGCUGAGGCACUACCUCUUCAUCGGCACGCUCAACCCCAUGCUCAACCGGCUGGCCGAGAAUGACCCUGACCUGGUGAGUCAGUACACCAAUGCGUUUGCCAUCACCCAGCUGUUUGGAGUGCUGUGUGCUCCCUGGAACGGACUCCUCAUGGACAGACACAAGGGAAAGCCUCUGGCUCCAGGAGAAACGUCGCUGGAAGCCGACCUGCGCUCCUCCUCCCUGUCUCUGCUCCUGACCUCCGUGCAGUGCCUGCUCUUCUCUCUGUGCGCCUCCUUUCCUCUCCUCCCCCUGCAGUACAUCACCUUUGUUCUGCAAGUCAUCAAUCGCUCCUUCCUCUACGGCGGAAAUGCAGCGUUCAUUAGCAUAGCUUUUCCAGCGUGUCACUUCGGGAAGCUGUACGGCCUGCUGAUGGCCCUUUCUGCGAUCAUCUCCCUGCUGCAGUACCCCUGCUUCGCCCUGGUCAAAGGAGCUCUGCACGGAGACCCCUUCUUGGUGGACGCUGCUCUCAGCCUCCUCAGUUUGCUGGUGUUCAUACAUCCUCUCUACGUAUUCAUCCACUGCAGGAAAGUAGCACGCCAAAGGGAGGACAACACUCAGAGUGACAAUAACGGCUCCAAAAUGGCCGAAGCCGAGUUCUAGAAAUAGUGUUUGUCCGUCUGUCUAAGUUUUAUACGUUUCACAGCAAGAACAAAAAUUCUCUUUUCAUUACCCAUUUUUGUAUAACUAUUUUUUCUUAUCUAAUUGUUCAGAUUUUUCAAAUGUUUUUUAUAAUUCAAAACAGGUUCAUAGUUUAAUAUAACAUGUUUGUUAUUGAUCAACUGUUCGUAAACAUUUAUUGACAUUUUGAGUGCUCUGUCUACAGACAUUUUUAAGCUUUAAAUAUAGAUUCAUAUGUCCACUUAUUUGUAUAACCACAGUACACAAUAAACUUUUAUUUAAAAAAAA